GACAGGCCGCCAUGAAAGCCCCGUCGCCCCGGAAGCAGUUGACGGCGCUGCUCCUGAUCUUCCCUCCGUGUGUCGGAGUCGCUACCGCCAGUGAGAUUCAAAUGUGAGUGAGUGAGACGGCCGGCGGAUCGAACAGGGGACGAGCAGAGAAGGCUGAGAGCACACAGCGACCAUGUUCGCCAAGCGGAAGGCAGUGUUGCCUGCUCUGACCAUCACCACCACGGUCGGGGAAGGACUGUCCCCCACCAGAGAGGACACUGCCGAAGCUAACCUAGAAGCCCUACAAAAGAAGUUGGAAGAACUUGAACUUGAUGAGCAGCAGAAAAAUAGACUUGAAGCCUUUCUUACACAGAAGGCCAAAGUUGGUGAAUUGAAAGAUGAUGACUUUGAUAAGAUCUGUGAGUUGGGUGCUGGUAACGGUGGUGUUGUCACCAAAGUACGUCAUAAGCCAUCGGGACUUAUCAUGGCAAGAAAGCUUAUUCACUUGGAAAUAAAGCCUGCCAUUCGCAAUCAGAUCAUCAGAGAACUCCAGGUCCUUCACGAAUGUAACUCUCCGUAUAUUGUGGGUUUCUAUGGGGCAUUUUACAGUGAUGGUGAAAUCAGUAUAUGCAUGGAGCACAUGGAUGGUGGUUCUCUGGACCAGGUGCUGAAAGAAGCGAGGAGAAUUCCAGAGGAAAUCUUAGGAAAAGUCAGCAUAGCAGUCCUAAGAGGAUUGGCAUAUUUAAGAGAGAAGCAUCAAAUCAUGCACAGAGAUGUGAAACCAUCCAACAUUUUGGUUAAUUCUCGUGGUGAGAUAAAGCUCUGUGAUUUUGGAGUAAGUGGUCAGCUUAUUGACUCGAUGGCAAACUCCUUUGUGGGAACUCGAUCUUACAUGUCUCCAGAGAGACUCCAAGGUACCCAUUAUUCUGUGCAGUCUGAUAUCUGGAGUAUGGGCCUUUCCUUGGUGGAGAUGGCAAUUGGAAGAUAUCCUAUACCCCCACCUGAUAUGAGGGAGCUGGAGGCCAUCUUUCAGUGCCAAUCAAUGGAAGGAGCAGGACGAGAGCAGCAUAGCACAUCACCCAGAUCAAGGGCUCAAGGACGCCCCGUCAGUGGGCAUGGAAUGGACAGUCGACCAGCUAUGGCUAUUUUUGAACUUCUGGAUUAUAUCGUUAAUGAGCCUCCUCCUAAACUCCCCAUUGGUGUAUUUUCACAGGAAUUUCAGGAGUUUGUAAAUAAAUGUUUAUUCAAGAAUCCAGCAGAACGAGCAGAUUUGAAACUACUUACGAGCCACAUGUUCAUUAAGCGAUCUGAGGUAGAGGAGGUGGAUUUUGCUGGCUGGUUGUGUAAAACCAUGGGGCUGAACCAGCCCAGCACCCCGACACGCAUCGCAGCGUGAGCAGCAACAGAGAGCCGCCGCCCUCCUUCCCCCAGAACUCCCAUUCAUCUCUGCUGAUGUCAACCACUACUGUCGUGCCUGUGGCGUAAAAAGGACUCUCCCUGCACUCAGAAACCGCAUGAGGAGGUUUGCAUUCAGGCAGCAUUGGCACUUCUUUCAAAAGAACCUUUGUCUUUCUUUAGCUGGUUAAUUCUUAGUUGGUCAUGGGUGUUGAUAUUAAUGGUGACGGUGAUUUAUACCUGCUCGCAACUUAAUAGAAAUCUGUCAUCCAAAGUACAAAAUUCUUUGUCAAUGAGUUCCAUUAGUUCUCAAAUCAGCUCAUUUCAAAAUAUUGCAUCACUGCAUCUAUCAUUGAAUGAUUUUAAUGGAAUUGAGUGUGUUUGAUAGUUUUUUUUCUUAAUCACAGUAGUGCCAUGUGGAAUUGUCUUCAUAGUGGAAUGCAGCUUGAAGCAGCAUAUUCAGAAUUUGUUCAGGAUAUAGCUCUUGGGUAUUGGCUAGGUGCCAGACAAAGUAGGAGUAUUCAUGAACAGAUUUAUUCCAGGUGUUCUUAUAUAUGAUGUCCCAGAGCUUCUGAAUUACUUUUUAAAACUGAAUGGUAUCUUAAACUAGUUGAAGUUUUCAAUUAUGGUCAUUUUUCUUAUACAAUAUUUAUUAUAGCAUUCGGCCAGUGAUCAAGCAAGUGAUUUAAAUCCCUAUUUUUUUUUUUCUUGAAUUUCUUCCAAAGAUAGUUUAAGUUAACUAGAAUUAGGGGCUUAUCCUUUACAAACAACCAAUACUUGCAUAUAAUAUGUUAAAGGUGUUUAUACUUUACAAAUAAAAGCAGAGUUAAUCAGAUUUCCUGUACAGAUUUCCUGUACAGAUUAGUGGUGUUUCACUGGAACAAAUGUAUGUUUUGAGAGCCAAUUUAAAUGAUUUGCCAAAAUACUGUCCUGACUAAUAAUAUACAAUUAAUAUUCUUUAAAUUUAGUUAUAGAUCCUUGUUGGUUAUAGGUAGGUGACAGUAUGUUUUUUAAAGUCUUUACGAGCACAGAUGCCUCAAAGUAAUGAACCAGGCGAGAUGGAGGGCGUCCUUUUAUUUGUUUAGUUCGAGGUGUGGCGUAGAAGACUUAAUUCUGCAUGUUAUAAAUUGAAGGUGUUGCAUUCAGAUUACAUAUUUCAUUUAGCAUUUUUGAUACCUUUCAAAAUGCCAACAGGGCUAGGAAAUGUAUUCGCAACUCAAACUAAAGGGCAGAGAAAUGUACUUGUGUUUGAAUUGGAAUUGUUUCAACAAAUGAAGGCUUGCCCACAGAUGAUACAAAAGGUUUCGAAACACUAUCAAUGAGCUUGAGUAAUAUGAAGAAUUGGUUGAAAAAUAUUCCCAAAGGAAAUAACAUUUUGGAAUAAAAUAGGUACAGUUUAACAACUUCCUCGGUCUUUAAAUGGGCACUGUCCUUCAGACCAUACAUCAAUAUUAAGAUUUGUUACUUUGAGGGAAUGAUGUUUAAAUUAAUCAUCUAAAGGAAGACACACUUUUCUUUUUAAAUCCAGCUUGGCCUCUGAGGUGUAAAUUGUAAUGUCUUAGUUUGUUUUGUUUUAAAGCAAAAGAUUUUACCAUUAUUUCCUUUCUCAGGUCCACUCUUUAGUUCAUGUUUAUUAAAUGUUUAAUUUUGCUGCUUCUCUGCUAGACAUGGCUUGUUUGCUGGGUAAGAGCUUGUUUCUGAUGAAUAAUGGUUUGGUCUUUGCAAGCAUUGGCUUUCUAAAUAUUCUUAAUAUUGCAGGUAAAAUAUGUUCACAAUGCUCCCCCCCCCCCCCCCCCCCUCACCAUAUCCAAUAAUAUUCAUGUUCCUGAGAGAUUAUCCUGUCUUUUUGUUAUCAAGCUUCAUGGAGUCUUACAGUUUCAGUCACUGUAUUCAGUGAAACGUUCUGUAAUGACGAAAUCUAGUUCAUAUGUGAGGUAUGCUUUUGGUAGAGUUUAUUACAGCUUAGAGUUGGGUUGUGGUGGUGUGGAGUUUGGUUCAAGGAUGUUAUUCACAACUCCAUGGCCUAUUAACUAACCUAUUAUUGUGGUUACGAUAUAAGCUUCUGCAUAGCAACUAAGCCUUCAACUUCACCAUCUAACCACUCCAACAGCCAGUCUACCAAUCAAAGCAACGCACGUGAUUGCCAACAUCUACAGGAAAAGUUAAAUGAUAAAUAUCGAUGAAGUAUUUCCUUGAAUAAUCAUGCCAUGAUUCCCAAAACCCAUUUGUUUUCUGGAUUGCACCUUCCACUGAACGUAAUAUACAGCCAGUCUGAUUCUUUCGUAUUUUCCAUUAGAACACAUCCAGUUCAGAAUCAUGAAAUAUAAUGAGGACGUUAUGAGACAAAAAGAGCAAAGUUGGUGUUGUAUUUUACAUACUAAAAACAACUAUUGAAAUAAUUAGGUGAGGAUUCAGAGGUUUUUUUGCCUCUGGCUUGCUUAAUAUUUUUGACACAGCCAUGUUUUUGACACAAACUGCACCCCGAAUGUACUUCUAAGGGAAUGCGAAUCCAUUUUAAGUGCCUGGGGGAAUAAAAAUUAAUUUAAUUUAAGAAAAUACAUGUGAAACCAGUUUAUUACACUGAGGCGUCGAAGGUAAAAGAAACGCACUGUGAUUAGAAUGAUGGAGUCGAUUUUUGUGUUGGGAUCUCAGUUGUCUGUGUUGUGCUCCUGUAUUGUCAAUGGAUUGUAUAUGCCUAUGCCUUUAAAUAAAUAAAAAUACAUGUAAGCUGUUGUUGUUAAGGCACUUGUGCAUAUUGGUGUAUGUCACUAUUAUCAGGUUUAUGAUGUUGGUCUGAUGCACUUGUUCCCUUUUGUGAAGCCUGCCGGCAUUUUGUGCUACUGGUUGUGUUACACUCUUCAACAAAGAAAGUACUUUUGCAAUGUGUAAAAUAAAUCUGGCUUAUUACAAGAAAAAUCACCAAUAGCACAAGGACUGUACUGAUUGUUUUGAGCUUUUUUUUUUUUAAAUUGCAAAAUAAAUUGUGAACUGAAUGUAUAAUUUAAUCAACUGUUGCAAAAACUUAUUAAAACUGAAGUGGCAAUUGUUUUGUGUGAAUUAG